UUGCUUGCAUAGUUUAAAGCGAUCUGCUUUCGAGCUAUGGAUCACUGGUAUGACGCUCAGCUCGUCAUGAACACCAGAGACUCGGACGAUCAAAUCCUCGACUUUGUUGGCGACAUAACUCGCGACGUUGGCGCUGUGCAAGCCGGCAUUCUGGAGCAAAUACUCGCAAAGAAUGCCAACGUAGAAUACUUCAAGCGACACGGCCUGUGUGGAGUCCCAAGCCGCGACGAUUUCAAGCGAGCCAUGCCGCUCUCGUCCUACACGGACAUCGAAUCCGACAUCACGCGGAUGGCCAGCGGCGACGACUCGAGAAUUCUCACCGAUGCUCCAGUCCGUCAAAUGCUGACAAGCUCCGGCACCUCGGGUGGCAAGCAAAAGCUCUUCCCAAAGUCGGAAACUUACGACAUCGAGUCCGUGUUGAUGAAUAGAAUCUCUCGCGCCUGCUUGAACAAGUGA